UUUUGUUUUGUUUCAUUCGAGCCAGAAUAAAAAAAUUCAUAUAUAAUGACCUCUAUUUGAGCUACGGAGUCAUGUGGCAAAGUACAAAGUAAAAAUAAAAUAAAUUAAUUAUUAAUAGAUAUUAAAAAAGUAACAAUUGUCAUAUUAAAAACUUAUAACAUGACAUCAGUGAUGUAGUGGGUUAUAAUAUAGUUAAAAUAUAUAAUCCAAACCAUCUUGUUUCUAAACUUGCUUCCUAUUCAAUUCCUGAUAAACCUCCUAGGCGUCUGAAAAGAAAAUGGCCUCGUGAUCUCCUUAUUUAGAUACUUUAUUAGAGUGCUUCCAAUGGGUAGAUUCUCUACAAGUCUUGUCAUGUCAUUUAUUUCUUUGUAUCACAUUUCCUGAAUGUACAUUAAUUUGAACAAUUGAAAAUUUCAUGAAUAAUAAUAAAUAAAAAAAACUUACAGAACACUCUGUAUAAAAAACCAGGCAAUUGAAGUUAUAUGAAAUUUAGUAUGAUUUAUGCUUAGGAGAAUGAAAGAAGGUUAUUACUUUUUUGGAAGAUAGCAAGAUCUUAACUGACAUAAUGUUGAUUCAAUAUUAUUGACACCUGUGAGAGACACCUUCAAUAAUAUUAAAAAAUAAAAAUUCCAAAAAUAUUUUUUGUUUUAUUUAUUUAUAUUUUAUUUAACCAUCUGUCCUUAGUCAGAGAAUAUGCUGCGAAUAAAUCGACUGCGUAAGGACUGAAUCGCUAGAACACUGCCAAGGUCAUCUGAGAUAGUGGGGAGUAUGGCUGCAGUGUGCAUACAGUCGCGAGUCAUCAGACCUCGAAUAAACAUUACGUUUUCUGUUCUGUUGCUUUCAUUUUAAAUUUAGUGCAAUGGCAAGAAAAAUGAUAGAUUUCUCCAAGCUCAGUCCUAAAGAAUUGCAAGAGUUCAGGGACAAAUACGAUGCUUAUAUUUUCGACUUGGACGGUUGCCUGAUUCAUAUUGAAGCAGGCCCCAUUGAAGGUAUGCAAGAUGCAAUCAAAGAGAUUUCUAAUAGCGGAAAGUCAAUCCAUAUCUUGACAGAUAACUGUUUAAAUACAUCAAAAGAUAUCGCUGAUAAAAUAGCCAGCCUUUUUCCUUCAGUGAAAAGGGUAAAAAAAUUAUGCAUUAAUGAUUUGAGAACUGCAAAAUUUGAAGAAGAUGUGGGGGCAGUAUUAGUCGCUGGGGACCUUAACUUCAAUUACCUCAAAAUGUUCAAGGCAGCCAACUACUUAGCAGAUCCCAAUGUAUUAUUGAUACAGGCCCAUCUUCCAGACAUUGUGUCAUGGGAUCCGGUUGUACCAGGAGUAGGCGCUAUGGCAUUAGCUGUAAGAGCUGGGGCGGGAAGAAAGGAGAUGAUUGCUCUGGGGAAAGGGAGCGACCUAUUAAGUGACAUGGCGGCCGGUAACAUGAGCGGUAUGGACACAAUGUUGACAGUAUCAGGAGGAAUGUGUGGCCUGAAAGAUGUUGAAUUAGCCCGGGUACAAAAUUUGGAUCUUUGUGUACCAACAUAUUACACUAAUUCGGCCGCUGACUUAAUCAAAGCAUUCAAAAUUUAUGACAGGGCGACGGCCAGAAAAAUGAUUGACUUCUCAAAGCUGUCUUCUUCGCAACUCUAUGAGUUCAGGAACAGAUAUGAUGCUUAUAUAUUUGACGUUGACGGUUGUCUAGUUACAUUAAGGAAUGGUCCUAUUGACGGAGUUAAUGAGGCCCUUUGCGAAAUAGCUAGGAACGGAAAAACUCUUAUGGUUCUCACGGACAAUUGCUUGCAUACAUUAAACGCUAUAUCUGCCAAAGUUAACGGACUUUUUCCUGCCAUAAGGAAGCUAAGGAAGAUGACCGUUCCGGAAUUGAUAAAAGUCAAAUUUGAAGGUGGUGUUGGAGCAGUUUCGAUCGCAGGAGACACGAACUUCAACUAUUUCAAAAUCUUUAAGGCAGUCAACUAUCUGGCAGAUCCAGAAGUAUUGCUGCUACAGACUCAUUUACCCAUCCUUGUGCAUAUGAAGCCCAUAUUACUCGGUGACGCCAUCAGCGCGGAGGAACAGCCUCGGCCUAUCGUGUCCACUGAUCUCUGUCAGUCUCCCUCCUCAUAUCCACCAUGGUGCUACCUCUGGCUCACCCGAGUAUCUCCAGUAGUCACAAUACAACAGCCUAGAUCUGCCUCUAAGUCGCCUUUCCUCUGGUUUUGCUUCUAG